CAUUUGUUAAAAAGUUGAAUUAAACAUAAAUAAUUGAGGAUGUCCCUGUCGCCGGCUAGUGGCAUCGGCCGCUUCUACAAGCACUCGGCCAAGAUCAUCCGCUUCGUGCGUCUGGGCUGCACUAACCGGCCCUUCUACCACAUUGUCGUCAUGGAGCGUCGCAAGAACCAGCACCAGCCUGUGAUCGAGCAGGUCGGCUCCUACGAUCCCCUGCCCAACGACUUCAACGAGCGCCUGGUGGCGCUCAACACGGAACGUAUCCGCUUCUGGCUCGGCAAGGGAGCUCACAUCUCCGACCCGGCUGCAGAGCUGCUGGGCGUCGCCGGACUGCUGCCCAUCCAUCCCCGCACCUACAUGACUGCCUGGCGGAACCGUAGGAAGCUGGCCGAAGAGCAGGCGGAGGCAGCAGCAGCGGGCCAGGCCGAAUCCGCUUCUGCGUCCGCAUGAGCAUUAUUAGAUCAAUAAUAAAACCCUGUUUUCGAUUUAUGUUUAA